AUGAGCGAAGAAGUGACGGAUAUAUUCUGUGGUAAGAAAUCAGGUGACGAGAAGAAGACGGCCCAUUUACUUGGACUUGAGGGAGCAGCGGAAAGGCUCCAACUUUUCAAAGCAGACCUGCUGGCAGAAGGCUCUUUUGAUUCCGCCAUGGAAGGGUGUGUUGCAGUUUUCCACACGGCUUCCCCUGUUUUCUUCUCGGCCGCUGACCCUCAAGCAGAGAUAAUUGAUCCAGCAGUGAAAGGAACCCUCAACGUUCUGAAAUCAUGUGCAAACUCUCCAGUAAAGAGAGUGAUAGUAACUUCCUCUGUCGCAUCAAUUUUCUACACAGGAAAACCGGUAAGCCCAGAUUCAGUGGCUGACGAGACUUGGUUCUCCGAUCCAGAUCACUGCAAGGAACUUAAGGUUUGGUACCAACUUAGCAAGACCUUGGCUGAGAUGGCUGCAUGGGAAUUUGCAAAGGAGAAUGGAAUCGACAUGAUAACAAUACAUCCUGGUUUUGUAAUUGGUCCCUUUUUACAGCCCACUAUGUGUUCUUCAGUGAGCAUGAUUCUCAACCUGGUUAAUGGAAACAAGACUUACCCAAACUUCCAUUACUGGGUAGUUGAUGUUAGAGAUGUUGCAGAAGCUCAUAUCAAAGCUUUUGAGAAUCCAUUAGCUUGUGGAAGAUACUGCUUAGUUGAAAGUAGUGUGUCCUUCUCUCAUGUUCUGGGGAUUCUUCAUGAGCUCUACCCAACAUUGCCUCUGGCCGACAAAUGUGAAGAAAUCAAUACUGUGAAGCUGCCAGAGUUUAGGGCAUCCAAGGAGAAGGCAGAAGAGGGCUUGGGGAUCAAGUUCGUCCCACUAGAAGAGUCUCUCAAGGACACUAUUGAAUGUUUGAAGGACAAAGGAUUCCUUCAUUUCUGA